UGCAUGUGUGUGUAGCAUAUGUGUGGUGCCUGAUAAUAUCCGCCUCAUUCCCUGAUGAUGCUGAGAGAGGGGUCAUAAACAGCAUGUGAUCGCCAUACAGAAUGGGCAAGGUGAAAGGAACGAUUAUCUUGACAUUGUUGAUAACUGGAACUUUAUUUUAUUUACAUGUAGCAGUGUUUGAACGGAAAUUUGACUUUUAUAAGCCAGCAUGGAACGAGUCAAGCGUCUUGAAAAGGAUAGUUUCAUCAAUGAACUUCAAUUCCGUUAUGAAUUUUUCUCAAAAUUCUGUGCCAGGAAAUGUAAAGUCGAGCGAGUAUACAUCAAAUCUUACUGUUGUCACAGCGUAUUGGAAUCUUGGAACAUUUCAAAAAGGUUCAACAGGCAAACUACAUUUCUCGACGAACACCUACUUUUCUUGGGUCAACUCUUUUAAAUAUCUUGUUAAUCCACUGGUGGUGUACACAGACUCCAAAGAAUUCAAAGAGUUGAUGUUAAAACUAAGAGCUGAUUCUAUAAAUACUACAGUGAUUUACUUGAUAAAUCGUACAGAGGUAUGGCCUUUUCAGCUUUUAGACCAAAUAAAAGCUAUUUAUAGCCAACCUGGUUAUCCGAAGCACCACCCCAAUACAGUAAAUCCAGGAUAUACCGCAGCGCAACAUGCCAAAUAUGCCGUUGUAGCCGAAACAGUGCGAAAACAGAUAUUCCGCGCUCCUUAUUACGUUUGGUUAGAUAUAGGAUAUUUUAGAGAUAUUGUAAAUAGAAAAGUGUUUUUUGAAUUGAACAUUCCACCGGGUUUUGACCCAGAGAGAUUAGCUGUAAAUCGAGUUAAUGACAUUUCAAUGAGUAUAGACCCUUUCAGUAUAUUUAGAAACAAUAUUGUUUGGGUUGGUGGCGGCAUGUUUGUUGGAAGUGAAAAAAUAAUUCUUGAAUUUGAAAAAUUGUACCAUAAAGCAGUGUUGUACUUUCUUGACCAAAAAUUAAUGAAUUCCGACCAGCAAGUGUUGUAUUCUUUGUAUAGUAAAAAAGGCAGGGAGGCGCUGAAGCCCAAUAUAGAACUUCAGUUGUACAUUCCAAAAGGUUCAGGAAAUCCAUGGUUUUAUUUAGGAUACCUAUGUCUCAAAGAUGUUGUAAGACAAAAAUCAUGAGAGAGAGAGAGAGAGAGAGGGAUAGAUUAGCAAAGUGCUGUGUGGACCAAAAAUCUCUCAGUAUUGUUAUUUAUUUAUUGUUUAGAAUUAUAUAUUUUAAUAUUACUAUGUAGAACCAAACAGAAUACUCAAUACAAGAACAAACUUACAAACAAUUGCAAGUUACUUAUGUUUCAUGGGGUAUCUAUUGUUGCAUGCAAUUCUCUGUGUGACAAAAAAAUGAAAUGCAGAAUUUGUGGAAAGGCUACUACAUCAUUGUCAUUCAUUCUUAAAAGGGUAAAC